AUGGAGUCGCACAUCUCCGACGUUCUUCCAUCCGAGGAGGCAAGUCGGUGCGCCGCAUGCGAAGAGCACGAAAGAAAAAACAGUCUCAAUCAACGGUUGCUUCGCGAGAGGAGCCGAGAGCUCAACAUAGCGAAGGCCAAGAUCGAUUUCCUAAUUAAACGAGUCUACGAGAGGGAGGAUCAGGUGCGGAGUGCAUGGGUCAUUAUCAAGAAAAAGUCCGGCUACAUUGAUGAAUUCUUGUCAAGGAGUGACGCGCUGUACGAGGAGAUUAGAGUUGCCUUAGACAACAAGCUUCCCCCUUACGUUCCCCCUCCGGAGCGAAAACGACGGGAUUACUCUACGAUACUCGGCAGUUCGAGUCAGGCUUCUCCUCGAAAAGAUGAAUUCCCGGAACUGAUACGACGGGCUGACGCUACGAUCGCCGAAAAUGAACGUCAAAUCGGAUUAUUGAGGGAGGUUGCACAGGCACUCAACUCGAUGGCCACGGGCAAGGAGGGUGAGGCAAAUCCCGCUGGUCAAGGAGUACAGUCCCCUGAUAAUGUAGAGAAGUAA